UAUCAUCCACUCUUCGCAUGCGCAUCCUCACUUUCCUAACCUCAUCGAUACCAAUUGGCCACAGUUUCUUCACUCGCCUCACUCACUCCUCAUCGUCUCUACCUCUCCGCUUCAGAACCAUCGCCACCAUGGCCGCUUCUUCCUCCUCCGAGGACUCGCUCCGCAAAGCCCUCUCCGAGAAGCUCUCGGAGGUCGAGAGCCAGGGCAACCAGGUCCGUUCUCUGAAGAAAUCCGGCGCCGCCAAGACGGAACUUGACGCCGCCAUUGAGGCCUUGAACGCGCUCAAGCUUGAGAAGGCGUCGAUCGAGAAAGACCUCCAAGCCACCAUCAGCGGCGGCGACGGCGGCUCCGUUAACAAGGAGGCGUUACGUCAGGCUGUGGUGAAUACUCUGGAGCGCCGUUUGUUUUAUAUUCCCGCUUUCAAGAUUUACGGCGGCGUUGCUGGCCUCUACGAUUACGGCCCUCCUGGUUGCGCCGUCAAGUCCAAUGUCCUAGGGUUUUGGCGUCAGCAUUUUGUGCUUGAAGAGAACAUGUUGGAAGUUGACUGCCCUUGUGUCACACCUGAGGUUGUUUUGAAAGCAUCGGGUCAUGUGGAGAAAUUCACCGAUCUUAUGGUUAAGGAUGAGGCGUCUGGGAUGUGCUACAGAGCUGAUCACUUACUCAAGGAUCACUGUAAAGAUAAGCUUGAAAAGGACCUCAGAAUUACUUCAGAGAUGGCAAUGGAACUGAAAGAAGUACUUUCAAAAUUAGAUGUCCUCUCCGCUGAAGAGCUGGGUGCAUGUAUAAAGAAAUAUGGUAUUACAGCCCCUGACACAAAGAACACUCUCUCGGAUCCUUAUCCAUUCAACCUGAUGUUUCAAACAUCAAUUGGUCCUUCUGGUGUGAGCACCGGGUAUAUGCGUCCAGAAACUGCCCAAGGCAUAUUUGUGAAUUUUAGGGACUUGUACUAUUACAAUGGGAACAAACUCCCUUUUGCUGCAGCCCAAAUUGGCCAGGCUUUUAGAAAUGAGAUAUCUCCUCGCCAAGGUCUUUUGAGAGUCCGUGAGUUUACACUUGCAGAGAUUGAGCACUUCGUUGACCCCGAAGACAAAUCUCACCCAAAAUUCUCUGAUGUUGCACAUUUGGAGUUUCUGAUGUUCCCAAGGGAUGAACAGAAGCCUGGCCAGUCUGCAAGGAUAAUCUCACUAGGUGAAGCUGUAUCUUCUAAGGAUUCUAAAAUUGUCGACAACGAAACCCUUGGCUACUUUAUUGGGAGAGUAUACCUCUUCCUCACUCGUCUGGGCAUAGACAAGAACCGGUUAAGGUUCCGGCAGCACCUUGCAAAUGAAAUGGCUCACUAUGCCCAGGACUGUUGGGAUGCUGAGAUUGAGACUUCAUAUGGCUGGAUUGAGUGCGUGGGUAUUGCAGAUAGAUCUGCGUAUGACUUGAAGGCUCAUUCGGAGAAAAGUAGAGUUGAUCUUGAGGCACAGGAAAAAUAUUCCGAACCAAGAGAAGUUGAGAAAUUGGUUAUAUCUCCUGUAAAGAAAGCGAUUGGUCUUGCUUUCAAGGGGGACCAAAAGAAAGUACUUGAAGCUUUGGAGGCCAUGAAAGAAGAAGAAGCUUUGAAAAUGAAGACUGAUUUAGAGUCAAAAGGGGAGGUAGAGUUUUAUGUCUGCACUCUAGAGAAGAAAGUAUCUAUUAAUUCAAGUAUGGUAACAAUUUCAAAGGAGAAAAAGAAAGAACACCAGAGAGUAUUCACGCCCUCGGUAAUUGAGCCUUCUUUUGGCAUCGGUCGGAUAAUAUAUUGCCUCUAUGAGCACUCAUACUACAUGAGGCCAAGUAAAGAUGGGAAUGAACAGUUUAAUGUGUUCCGUUUUCCCCCUCUUGUGGCACCCAUCAAGUGCACAGUUUUCCCGUUGGUUCAGAAGCAAGAGUAUGAGGAAGUUUCUAAAGUCAUUUCCAAAUCAUUGACUGCAUCUGGGAUAUCACAUAAAAUUGAUAUUACAGGUACCUCAAUCGGGAAACGAUACGCACGGACGGAUGAACUGGGUGUACCAUUUGCAAUCACAGUUGAUUCCGUAUCUUCUGUGACAAUCCGGGAACGAGACAGCAAGGAUCAGAUCCGGGUUGAUGUGAGUGAGGCGGCGUCUGUUGUCAAGGAUAUAGCUGAGGGAGUGAGGACAUGGGCGGAUGUGUGGUCGGCUUUCCCACACCAUUCUUCUGGCUCAGCAGACGAGUAGGCUAUUUAAAACCAUCAUAGUCGACAUAUGAUGUAGCUUUUGAGUCUGGAAUUUUGUUACAAUACAAAGCAUACUUGGUUGCUAAUUGGAUACAUACUUGUUCUUAAAUUUGUUCGACAGUCUUCUAUUGUCAUUUCUUUUACUUAUACCACUGCAAUACAAGGUUGUGCAAUAACAAAGCAUUCCUCUGAA